AUGGCGCUGCCGCGCCGCGCUUCGAACGCGGCCCUUCCCGUCCUGCACCGCGCCUCAUGUAAAUCAGCCGCGCCCGCAGCCAAUCAGCGCCAGGGGCGGGGCCAGGGGGGCGGGGUCGGGCGCCACCCGCGCCUCCUCCCGGCUCUGGGGACAGCGGGAGCGGCAGCGGCGCCGCCCGGUCCCGUUCCCUCCGCGCGGUGGGGACCGAGCUGCGGGACAUCCGCGGGGAGCCCGGCAGAGCCCCGGAUCCCCCCGCCCCCGGUGCGCUCGCGGUUCCCGCCGCGCCAUAGGCGCACGGGCACGGGCGGUGGGGGCCUCCCGCCGGCAGGGGGCGCCGCUCCCCGCUCCCCGCUCCCCGCGCGGAGUCCCGGGAAAGCGAGCGCUGCCAUGGAGGCGCGCGCCGCGGGCUGCGGCCUGCUCAGCGUUGCCGGCGCGGAGGUGCGGGCCGGGCGGCGGGAGCCGUGCGUGCUCGGCCUGGAGCGGCGGGCCGGCCGCUACGGGGUCGUUAUUCACUCCCAGGAGAAAGAAAACUCUGAUCCGGAUUAUAUUCCCAUCAAUAGCCGCUUUAAAUGUGUGCAAGAGGCAGAAGAAACUCUGCUGAUUGAUAUAGCUACAAACAGCUGCAAGGUCCGGAUCCAGGGUGACGAGGCACCGGAGCGGCUCUUCGAGAUCCCUGACGAGGAGCGCUGCUUGGGAUUCCUGUCGGAAGUGCAGAGCAUACAGGAAGCCCACCUGAAAGCGUCUCUUCCUGAAGCAAAGGACUCAGCCAUUUGGCAUCAGGUGGAGAAGAGCCUCACAGGUCUGUCUCCAGGAGCUCUGGGGUUUGAGGAUGACUUCAAUACUCUGAGCCUAGAAGAGAAAAGGAACAUGCAGAACCACCAGGCGGGAUCUCGGCGGGAGCCCCCGCCUCCUCCCGUCCCUCAGAAUAAGCAGUUUCACCGAGAGAGAGAAGGCACAUCCAGAGACCAGCCCAAGGUGACCAACACGAUGCGCAAGAUGUUUUUGCCCAGCACGCAGUCGGGGCAGAGAGAGGGGCUCAUCAAACAUGUGCUGGCCAAGAGGGAGAAGGCCUACAUCAACCUGCACAACUUCAGGUUCUUUGUGGGAACGUGGAAUGUGAAUGGGCAGUCUCCUGACAGCUUCUUGAAUCCAUGGCUGGUGUGUGACACGGAGCCUCCAGACUUCUACUGCAUCGGGUUCCAGGAGCUGGACCUCAGCACGGAGGCUUUUUUCUACUUUGAUUCUACAAAGGAGCAGGAGUGGCUGUCUGCUGUGGAGAGGUUCCUGCACCCUAAGGCCAAAUACAAGAAAGUGCAAAUGGUCCGCCUCGUUGGGAUGAUGUUGCUCAUAUUUGCUAAGAAGGAUCAUCUGAGCAAUAUCAGGGAGAUUGUGACAGAGUCUGUGGGCACGGGAGUCAUGGGAAAGAUGGGCAACAAGGGUGGUGUGGCCAUCAGGUUCAUGUUCUACAACACCACCUUCUGUGUCGUCAACUCCCACCUGGCUGCCCACGUGGAGGACUUUGAGCGCCGAAACCAGGACUACAAGGACAUCUGUGCCCGGAUGAGCUUCGUAAUCCCCGGUGACAGCCUGUCCGAGCUCAACAUCAUGAAACACGAUGUUGUUAUCUGGCUGGGAGACCUGAACUACAGGCUGUGUCUGCUGGAUGCCAGUGAGGUGAAGAAUCUCAUCAGCAGGAACGAGCUGCAGAAGCUGCUGACCUAUGACCAGCUGAAUAUUCAGCGCACUCAGAAGAAAGCAUUUGCAGAUUUCAUGGAGGGAGAUAUUACAUUCAUCCCCACGUAUAAAUAUGACUCUAAAACAGAUCGCUGGGACUCCAGCGGGAAGUGCCGCGUGCCAGCGUGGUGCGAUCGGAUCCUUUGGAGAGGAGGGAACAUCCAGCAGCUGCGCUACUGCAGUCACAUGGAGCUCAAGACCAGUGACCACAAACCCGUCAGCGCCCUGUUCCGCAUCGGGGUGAAGGUUGUGGAUGAGCAGAAGUAUCGGAAGCUGUUUGAAGAUAUUGUUCGUAUAAUGGACAGGAUGGAGAACGACUUUCUUCCUUCACUGGAGCUGAGCAGGAGAGAGUUUGAGUUUGAGAAGGUGAAGUUCCGUCAGCUGCAGAAACAGAAGUUCCAGAUUACCAAUAAUGGGCAGGUCACCUGUCACUUCUCCUUCAUCCCAAAGCUCAAUGACACCCACUACUGCAAGCCAUGGCUUCGGGCCGAGCCUUGUGAAGGUUACCUGGAGCCAGAUGAGAGCACAGAGAUCUCCCUGGACGUGUAUGUCAGCAAGGACUCGGUCACCCUCCUGAACUCUGGCGAGGAUAAGAUCGAGGAUAUCCUUGUCCUGCACCUGGACCGAGGGAAGGACUAUUUCCUGACCAUCAGUGGGACCUACCUGCCCAGCUGCUUUGGCACCUCGCUCGAGGCCUUGUGCCGGAUGAAGCGACCCAUCCGAGAGGUUCCAGUCACCAAGCUCAUCGACCUGGAAGAAGACAGCUUCUUAGAAAAGGAGAAAUCCAUCCUGCAGAUGGGCUCCCUGGACAGCGAGGAGGCAAGUGAGGUGCCACUGCAGGUGCCAAAGGAGAUCUGGCUCUUGGUGGACCAUCUAUUCAAGCAUGCCCUUCACCAGGAGGACCUGUUCCAGACUCCAGGCAUGCAGGAAGAGUUGGAGCAGAUCAUUGACUGCCUGGACACCAGCAUUCCUGAGACAAUCCCGGGCAGUAAUCACUCUGUGGCUGAAGCUCUCCUCAUCUUCCUGGAGGCUCUGCCAGAGCCUGUGAUCUGCUAUGAGCUGUACCAGCGGUGCUUGGAGGGGUCCCACAGCAGCCGGCUGUGCCGACAGGUGAUCCUUCAGCUGCCGAGCUGCCACCGCAACGUGUUCCGGUACCUGAUGUCCUUCCUGCGGGAGCUGCUCAGGUACUCGGAGGACAACAACGUCAGUGCCACCAUGAUCGCCGCCCUGUUCUCCAGCCUCCUCCUGCGCCCUCCGCCCAACCUGAUGGCCAAGCAGAGCCAGCAGGACCGCCAGCGUGCCAUCAACUUCCUCACCAGCUUCCUGCUCGCCGGGGACGAAGAGUGACUCGCGCCGUGUGCCAAAGCCGGGCCCGCGCUGCAGCCGGGCCUCUCUCAGCUCCGAGGGGUAAAGGCUCGAAGCUCUGCAAGUGCCGUGUUUACAGUGGGAAGGGACGCUCCCCUCCUCGCCUCUCCACACCCCACGCUGCAGAGGCACCGCUCGCUGCGCCGCCACCCACCUCCGGAGCCUCGGCCACCC